ACCAUCGCCCGCUGACGCCCGUCUUUUUGUCCCCCACCGCUGCACGCAUACGCAAUUGGCAACGCAAAAAGAGCUGCGCUCGACUCAUCUUGCCUCGUCUGCCGCUAGCGCGGCUUCUAGCGUUGCAUCAAUUCUCUUUUCUAGAAGCUAGUGCUCUUUUCUCCUUCUCUCGUUUGCAUAUGGAAAGAGAGACGUGCCCCGUGCAUUGGUAUCUGUCCGCGGGCUCAUCGGCACGCUUCUUUCAAAAGUCAACACAGCGCCACACCCUCUCACCGUCACACUCCUUCACUCAAAUCGGUAUCAAAUAAUCGCCGACAAGACUUUUCUAUACUGAAACACACCAUAUUCUGUCGCCAUGGCGACUCAAGAGGCAGUCUUUCUAACCGAGUUCUCCGCUACCGGGGCCAAGCCUGGAGCCAUCCGUGGUCACCGCAGCAAGGGUUGCAUUACCUGCCGGCGGCGCAAGGUCAAAUGCGACGAACGACGCCCUACAUGCUUGCGAUGCGAAAAGGGCUUUCACAAGUGCCAGGGCUACGAUAAGCCCUUGGUCUUUGUAGCUCAAGAAUUUUCUACGCCCAGCUCUACAUCCUCGACAUCUCCUCCCAGUGUCCCACGCUCGAAUAAACGACAAACAACGCCAUCCUCACAGUCAAGCAAAUCUAGCCCAAGGACGGCACUCUCUGACGAAGAAUGGGCCAUCAUGCUCCCGAUAAAGAAGAAAAUGUCCCCGGCUAGACGGGUCUGCCAAACAGUGCCGCUGAAUGCGUUCAAGGAUGAGAUUGUUAUAUGCCAUUUAUUGGAAAAGUUUAGCAUCGGCCUAGGGCCAUCCAUGGCAGGAGUCACGGAUGCGCCGACAAUGGCGAGCGUGUUAACGAGCCACAACGCAAACUCCAAUGCAUAUAUUUCUGGCCUGGGCUUGGCCGAAGCAUUUUUCGGUCACGUACAAAAAGUGGAUGGCAUGACAGAGCAUGCCUCAGAGCUUUACGGACAGGCGUUGCGCAAUUUACGAGACGACUUGCAACUGACUGAUCAAAAAGUCGCCCGGUCUCGAGCGUACAUGAACCUCUGGAGCUGUGUAUUUCUAGGACUCUACGAAAUCGUUGCUGCGUCGGGUCAAUCAAGUUGGAUGCAGCACAGCAAGGGCAUGGGAAUUCUUACCGAACUGCUUGGCCCGAGCAACUUCCAAAGUCCCGUAGCAAACACGAUUCUGGAUAUGAAUCGAAGCUUCAUUGCUACAAGUUAUAUCGUUGAGCGAAAACACUGUUUUCUCGGCCGGCCCGAGUGGCAAACCGUACCGUGGGAACGCUGGACACGACCACGGACGAUAAUAUCACGAACGACAGAUAUACUAUGCGACGUGCCUGGACUAAUGGAGGACGCUGACGCCAUUAUCCAAGCCGAGGAGCAAGGGCUGAAUACCGAGGCAGACAAACUCUUGUUACAGGACAACUUGCUCCAGCGCAUCCAGCGGCUGGCCGAUCUCGUAUGGCAAUGGGAUCUGUCGAACCCUCUUGCAUGCUGGGAGGCACCUAUUGAUUCAUCCACGUCUUUCUCGUUAGACGAAUCUGGCCAGCCUCUGUUUGACACCGUCUAUCACUUUGACGAUGUGGAGCGGGCCAUUGACGUCCUCAACCUCAACGUUGUACGCCUGCUGCUGUACGGCGCGUGCGACAAGGCAGGCCUACUGGACAGCUAUGUUUCCACCAUUGUGGGAUCACAGUACGACGGGCCACACGCAAACCCGCUGCUACUACCUGGACAAGGAGACAGAAUCUCGCAUUCGCUGGAAAUAUGCCUCUGCGUAGACUUUCUCCUAUCCAACCCCAGGCAGAGCCGUGGCGCAUUGGUGCUGCUGUUUCCGCUGCGUGUGGCUUGGACGUAUCUAGGACCGCUACCGGCGGUAUCGCGGUGGGUAGGAAAGGUGCUCAUGCAGCUGUCUACUUCGCAGGGCUUGCGGAUUGGCGAGCAUGUAUUGGAUAUUGAUUCCAGGUAAUAUUAAUAGCUGAGGUGCGUCACGGCGGGGGGCUGGUCUACUGAAGUGUGUAUAUAACCAGACUGCCAUCUCAUGCCAUAUGAUUUGUACAUAUACAUACCCUCCUUUGCAACAGAGAAUUUGUGAAAUAUUAUAGACAUUUAU